AUGCGUUUUCCUCAGGCUACGCAGUGCCUGGUUAUUACUGUAGCGGCGAAUCCACCCGUAAUGAAGAUGGACAUUUGUGGUGUUGUUGUUGUUGCCUCUUCGAAACUGGUUGAUAACGCGCCCGAACAGCGAAUUGUCUGGGCUGUGGUUGUCGGUACUCCUGCCUGCAUAAGUAUUCAACCUCUGAACAUCUUCAAACGAGAGGAGGCGCGAAUACAAUUCGAACCUAAUGACAGAGUCUAA